CAGUACGUUGACCCUGCCACGAAGGCAGCGGUCUUGCCUACGUUAAUGGCACCAAUUGAACCUCAAUUGACGGAUCACAACAACGAUGCUACGUCACUUGCUCAUCUUACUGCCGCGCAGCAGAAGCUGUACCAAUGGGAGUACGAGCGAUGGGAGCGCAAGGACAUUGACAAGACGAUUGCUGCAAAGCACCUUUACUUGAUUGAGAGCAAGGACACGCCAUACGAGCGGUUGACAACGCUGAAGAAGCACCUUGCACCAUCUGACGCGACACGACAACGCGAUCUUAUCGCACGAUACAAAGCCCUUCAGACGCCGCCUCGCGGCAAGAGGGUUGAGGAGUGGCUACGCUCUUGGGUGGAGAUCACUAAUAUGUGCAUCGCCGCAGAGGUUCCAGAAACAAUGGGUUCUCGGGCACAGGAAGAUUUCCUAGUCGCCUGCAGGACGAUCGAUCCCGAGUAUGGUACAUCAGGCCUGCGAGCCUUGAUCGACCUAGAGGACGCUGGCACUGCUAUCCCAUCAGUGGAGGACUACGUCAGCAAGUUCACCACUUACCUCAAGCGUGUGCUACCGCUAACGGCAGCAAGGCCAAGCCUCAAUGCCCAUCAUCCACGAAGACCCAAGGCUUUUGCCAACGCAAUUGGCCAAAAGAAGCUUGAUGCCGCCCUGGCCGCUGACAACGACUUGAGAGACAAGCUCGACAAGGCGCUCAAUAAGUGGCGCGCAAAACAGCAAGAGAAUAGAGGGAGUAUUGCCAUAGACGACGGCAACCGUCCCACCAGACAUACAGCUAACACUGUACGAUAUAUG